AUGAACGCGCCGUCGUUUCUCAUCGAGCAACAUGUCCUGCCCAACAACUCGUCGACGUCUAGAGAGCUAGGUUACUACUUAUCAUGUCCCUCUCUCGUAUCGCAAUACCCCGUCGAGCCGCCCUUUCAGCCUCCCAACACGCAUCCCGCGCCGCUUCCCGCAUCACUCGCCUACCGCCCCGGCGCGUCCUCACCACCCACAACGAGCAACCCGUCUCCGUUUCUUCUCAGCCCCGUCCUGAACCUACCCGUGUCCUUUGGCUCCGCAUACGUCGGCGAGACGUUUCGCUGCACGCUGUGCGCCAACAAUGACCUCACCCACGACGACGGCGGUGACACGCCCGCGGUCAAGAAGAUUCGCGACGUGCGCAUCGAGGCCGAGAUGAAGACGCCCGGGCUGGGCCACCAGGCGGCGCAGCAGCUAGAACUCGGACCGCCGCUGCCAGCAGACGAGGGCGCCAGCGGCGCCGGCGCGGACCUCGCACCGGGUGCCACCCUGCAAAGAGUGGUCUCGUUUGACCUCAAGGAAGAGGGCAACCACGUGCUCGCCGUUACGGUGAGCUAUUCCGAGUCCACCGAGACGAGCGGCCGCACGCGCACCUUUCGCAAGCUCUACCAGUUCAUCUGCAAGCCGUCGCUCAUCGUGCGCACCAAAGUGGGCGUGCUGCCGUGCCCGUCCGCCUCCAAGCAAGGACGGCGGCCACCGCGCCGCCGCUGGGUCCUCGAGGCGCAACUGGAAAAUUGCAGCGACGACACCAUGCAGCUCGAACGCGUCGUCGUCGAGCCCGCGCCGGGACUGGCCUACCGCGACUGCAACUGGACGGCAGCGGACGGCCCGACGGCGGUAAAGCCGGUGCUGCGCCCGGGCGAGGUCGAGCAGGUGUGCUUUGUGGUCGAGGCGCUGUCGCGGGCCGCGCAGGUGGCGCGAGGCGGCGUCGAGGCGGACGAGGCGGUUGAUGUCGUGGCGGAGGCGGAGGCGGGCGGGCCAGACGCGCGCAUCGUAUUUGGCGUCUUGGGGAUAGGGUGGCGCGGCGAGAUGGGCAGCCGCGGGUUCUUGUCGACGGGUAAGCUGGGCACGCGGCUCGUGCGGUGA